GCAGUCAGUCACUGGGAGGUGAGGGGGGAGACGCAGCAGAAUUACGCACAGCGCACACGUGGAGGAACAAACGGAGCCUCGCUGCUUGAUCGACAAACACCGACAAAUCAUCCAGAAGUCUUUAACAGGAGUCCCCCUCUGCUGCGUGUCUUUCGAGUGAGCAGAGGGAGACACACAACAAGUAUGCAGCUCGGAGAGUCCACCAGGUGACUGCCGGAGCAGGACGCACAGGGAGAGACGCGCUUUUUCUGUUUUUCUCCUGACAGAAAACCAGGAGUGUGAGCGCGCACGGGGAGAGAAGGAGGCUCAUGGAGAACCUCUGGAGGAGGAGAAGAAGGACGCAGCCGCAGGAGCGCAGAUGGAGGUGGCUGAGCAACUCGCUGCUGCUUUGCUUUUUCACCGGUGGCACCGAGGCCCAGUGUGAGGGCUGUAUAGAGUACUGCUGUGAUGGAUCGCCACCUUUCUGCUGCUCCUACUACGCCUACGUGGGGGACGUCCUCUCGGGCACUGCCAUCUCUGGUAUCGUCUUCGGCGUGGUGUUCUUGAUGGGGGCAGUGGCGGCCUUGUUCCUGUGCGUGUGUAUGUGCAUGAAGAACGGGCGGGGCGCGAGGGUUGGCGUGUUCAGCACCUCCUACAUCAACACCGUGACCCAGGGCUAUCCAGGUCCUCCACCUCCAUACCCCUAUGACUACGAGAUGUACCCUCCCUCGCUGCACCCACCGCCUUACACCCCUACUCAGCCUCGGCCGUCCAAUUACUCCCCCCCUCCUCCAUACCCCGGUUGCACGCGCAAGUAAAUCCACCCACUGCAAAGAUCGUCCACGGGAGCAGCUGAAGAGAAACUCCGGUGGCCUGGUUUUCCGAGACCUGAAGAUGUAGGCACCUCUGGCCUCUAAAGAUAAUUCUAAAGGGGCCUAUUAAAACAAAAAAAGGGAGGCCCAGUGCAAUUUUGUUCAGCAGGAGUCUGGACCAAAUGGUGGGGAGGGGGGAUAAAUAAUAAUUUCACAAGCUGUGGGUCAGGAUGCUCAAAGAAGGCUCCGACAUGUGCAGGUCCUGAUAACCGUUAGCAGCCCUGCUCGCUGGCGGCUGGUACUUUUUUCCUCCCCUCCUGCUAAUAACCAAUAUCCUUAUCCGUCCCGCCUGUGCACAUCAAAGGCACUGUGGCGCUUUGAUGAAGGUGAAGACCACUUUUUGUCGGCGUGGAUGGGGAAGCUCACAUCACAGGAGUACAGCGGUCUUUCCAGGAGACAAUGCAGUUUUAAAAAAAAACUUUUUCAUAUCUUAUUCAUAUCAGUGACUGAGAUGGAAGCUGAUGAUUAAAGCUGUGUUAAACAAGUCUGGUCUGGACUUGAACAUAAUGCACAAUAACACUGACCUUACAGGCACAGACAUGGGUUACUAUCUUACUUGAAACAAUGGGUAAACUGGGGUCAGAUUGUUACUGAGUUUGAGCCAAGAAUGGAAUGUCUUAAAAGAAAGUGAAAAAACAUAUACAUUUUUUUGCUUUUGCAGGACUUGAGAAACUUGUGAAGUCUUCAUUUGAGAUGCAGUCGUAGGGUAAUUGUGACAUUUCGUAAGAGAGAAGCUGCUCGCAGACAUGCACUGAGCUCCUUUAUCCGGGGGGGCUGCAUUUGUGAAGGUCCGAGUGGGAGCCUCCGGACUUUCUGCAGACUUUCUCAUGCGUUUGAGUAGUGGGGGACUGUGAAUGAUGGACUUUUGAAUCACGUGUCAAUUAAAAUGAUUUUGUGUUGCAAGCUGUGUUGUAAAUUAAAGAUGCGAAUAAAGUGUGACUCUUUUUGAAAGCA